CACUGCGUCCCUGGCUUUGUUUAGGAUGACCGAGUCUGCUUACAGAGUCGAAACCACCGCUCGUCUUGCUCAAUGGAGGAUAGAUAAUCUUGCCUUUUGCACUUACCGCAAAUCCGAUCCUUUCAAGAUCGGCAACUGGAAUUGGCAUUUGUCAAUGGAGAAGAACAGGGUAUUGUAUGUUAAAUUAUACCCAGAAAUUUCGAAUCUAACAAGAGACAAUCCCCCAAUUGCAUCCUUCAUCAUCCGAGUUGUAUGCUCAGCAGGGGAUCGAAAGGCUUUCACUCAUCCAGAAAUAAAAGACAAACAGCUGAAGAGCAACGAAGAUUUUGUCUGGCCGAUCGAGGUUCCUUUGACGGGGAAAUUCAUAAUCGACGUUGAAUUUCUUGAUCUAAAAACCGCAUCUCCAAACGGUGGGGAACCUUGCUCCAUUUGGGCUGAAGGACUCACACAAAAGCAAUCAAAUGCCACAGCUCUUGCAUGCCUUGGUCGGAUGUUAACACAAAGCAUCCACACAGAUAUCAUUAUUAAUGCUUCUAAUGGAAGCAUUGGAGCUCAUCGUGCUGUUCUUUCUGCACGAUCGCCUGUUUUUCACAGCAUGUUUUCACAUAACCUGCAAGAAAAAGAACUGUCAACCAUAAACAUAUCUGACAUGUCAAUUGAAGCUUGUCAGGCUUUGCUAUGUUACAUUUAUGGAAACAUCAAACAUGAAGAAUUCCUGGCUCACCGGCUGGCACUUCUCCGGGCAGCUGAUAAGUAUGAUAUAUCGGAUUUGAAAGAGGCCUGCCACGAGAGUCUCCUAGAAGAUAUUGAUACAAAGAAUGUCCUUGAGAGACUCCAAAAUGCAGCUUUAUACCAAUUGCCAAAACUCAAGUCCAGUUGCAUGCGAUAUCUUGUGAGAUUUGGCAAGAUAUAUGAUAUUCGAGAUGAUUUUAAUGCUUUCCUGCAAUGUGCAGACAGGGAGCUGAUAACUGAUAUAUUCCAUGAAGUUCUAAAUACCUGGAAAGGAUUCUAAGAUGCCACCAAUGAUAAACACCAAUGUGUUUUUAAGUCAGUGGUACUUGUAGCAGCGAUAAAGAUUGUAGCGUGCAAGAUCGUAUUUGUAAAGAUGAUUCUUUUGUUCAGAUGAUAUUCAUUUCUCCAUGUACAUACACAUGUAUGUAUUGGUUCCCUUUGACAAAAACAUUCUAUCCUUGUUAUCAGAGUUUCAGAAAUGCAACAUAAUUUGACUAAA